CUGCCACCGAAUGUUCGGUUCUAUGUUGAGGACAUUGAGCAAGACUGGGUCGAGUCUGAGGGUUACGACCUCAUCCACUACUGGCCGGCUCCAUCGCAGACUGGCCGGCUCCAUCGCAGACUGGCCGGCUCCAUCGCAGACUGGCCGGCGCUCGUUUGCCAAAUCUAUGAGAACCUAAAGCCAGGUGGGUGGGUGGAGCUUCAGGAAACCAUCAAUGCAAUUUACUCAGACGACGAAACUCUCAAACCUGACAACGCCCUCGUCAGGCUGACGGACAACCUCAAGAAAGCCCAUGAUAUGAUCGGCCGCACGCUGGAUCCCGCUCCUAAAUUCACGGGCUGGCUGGAGACGACGGGCUUCUGCCACAUUACGGAGCGAAAAUUCAAGCUUCCCGUAGGCAUGUGGCCCAAGGACAGACGACUGAAAGAGAUCGGG